AGCACUGAGGAGGCUCAGAUGACCAUCAAAGAUUUGGAGCAGCGUUGGACUGAUCUUGGCCUUUCCAAAUUUGCUGAAACUGACAGCAACAAACAAUAACCAUAUUUUAUUUGUCAAUUCAAUGUAUUUAGGUUCUCUAAGUUAAAAACAUGGCUGAAUUUCCUGAAUUGGGUCAUCACUGUGGAUUUGAGGGGUGCCAACAACUUGACUUUCUGCCUCUUGAGUGCCACUACUGCCAGCAAACGUUUUGCAAGGAGCAUUUGCCAUUUAUUCAGCAUUCCUGCAACAAAAAACCAGACAGGGUGCUCUCCGCUGAUGAGUGCAUCACCGUUGAGGGCCACAAGUGCAGUUUGGAUGGUUGUCAACGUCGAGAACUGGUCCCUGUCUUGUGCGGAGAGUGUCGUCAGCAAACCUGUCUUGAUCACCGUACUCCAGCCCAACACAAUUGUCCAUCUUUGGAUGUCCAAGCAGAACUUGCUCUUCAGUGCUCACAAAAGGACGCUGCUUUGAAAGAAGAAGUUCAGCUAGCUAAAAAAGAGGUUGAAGACCAGUUGGCCAGGCAGCUGAAAGUAGCCAAGAAUCGUGCACGGGCGGCCAAAGUGCAGCUGAUGAAGUUGAAAAGCAAAGCUGCUCUUGCCAAAAGAGGUCUUGAAAUCGCUCAGUUGGAGCGGCUGCACUUCUUGGUCAAGAUGCCGUCUGGCAAGGAAGAAGUGGUCGUCGUCUCCAAAGAGUGGAGUCUUGGACGGGUGGUGGACUUCACUGCCAGCUUGUGCUCCUUGAAGAAUACCAACAAUGUGCCUAACACUCCAAAACUGCGGCUGGUGCAUGAUGACAAUGGUAUGAUUGACAACAACAGGCUUGACAGCAAACUGUCCUGUCUGGUUGACAAAAAUGAGUUAUGUGAUGGCCAAACCCUUUCAAUAAGGUAUUUUGAUUAAAAUGUUUUAUCAAUCGCG